AAUGGAACGAAAACUCUAUUUCGGAGUACAAGAACAAGUUUAAAACAAAUAAUAUCGCUUUCCAACUAAUUUCAUUAAAACUAGCAGGUAUUCUUUAUGAUUUAAUAAGGUACAAUAUAAUUACAUUUCUUCCAUAUUCAUUAGCAUUGUAAUUCUAGAGAAUGGCUAAUAUUUAUUUUCUAAUCAUAGCAGUAUUAUCCUUUUUUAAAUCUAUAUCACCUUUUAGUCCAGUCUCCUCAAUUGCACCUUUAAUUUUUGUUGUAUCGUUAUCAAUGUUAAGGGAUGGAUAUGAGGAUUAUUAAAAGCAUAUAAGUGAUAAUGAAUUGAAUUCAUCUCCUGCAAUAAUAUGGACAGAAAAAGGGUUUGUAAAAAAAACAUGGAAAGAUGUGCUUAUAGGAGAUAUUAUUAGAAUUGAUGAAUUAGAAAUUAUAUCAGCAGACAUUGUUGUUUUAUAAACAUCAUAAGAUGGUAAUUGUUUUAUAGAAACAUCUUCUCUUGAUGGAGAAAAGAAUCUAAAACCUAAAUAGGCAAUAAAAGAAACUUAAACAAUUGAAUGUAGAUCAGGUAUCAUUGAAUGUAUAAAUCCAAAUCCACUUCUUUAUACAUUUGAUGGUACUUUAUAUUUAGAUUCAAAAAAGAUUUAGAUCACUCAUAAAAAUUUCUUAUUAAGAGGAUCCAAAUUAAAAAAUGUGAAAUAAGCAAUUGGAGUUGUUGUUUACACUGGAAUUGAUACUAAAAUUAUGAGAAAUUCAGAAGGUUAAAAGAAUAAAGUUAGUAAUAUAGAUAAACUUAUUAAUCUAAGGAUUAUUUAUAUUUUAAUUAUGCAAGCUAUUAUUUGUAUUGUUUUAGCAAUUGUUUAUGGUAUCAAUUGUUAAAUUUAGAGUUAAAAUUUUAGUUAUUUUAGUAGAAAUUUUGCAGGAUAUCAAUCUUAUAAUGAAUAAAAUGAAAUUUAUGAUCCAGAUAUCCCUAAUUGUGCAUUGGCAUCUUUAAUGACUUUUGCUGCUUAUUUUUUACUAUUAAAUACAUUAAUUCCAAUCAGUUUAAUUGUCUCUUUAGAAUUUGUUAAAGUUGGAUAAGGAUUCUUUAUGUAAAAAGAUACAGAAAUGUAUUCAGCUGAAAAUGAUAAAUAUGUAAAAGUGUUUAGUACAACAAUUAAUGAAGAACUUGGUUAAGUUUAAUAUAUAUUUUCUGAUAAAACAGGAACUCUAACAUGUAAUAAAAUGGAAUUCAAAUUAUGUGUUUGUGGAGAUUCCAUAUAUGGUGAUAUAACAAUGUUUAGUAAAUAAGAAAUAACAACAUUUGUUGGAAAUUAAAUUCUAAGGAGAUAAAGUACUUUACAUAGAAGAAGAUCAACUUUAGUGAAUGAGAAGGCUGGUAUCGAAUAUGCAUUUUCAGGAGAUAAAAUCUAGUAAAUUAUUACAGAAAAAGAUCCUUAAAAAAAUCCUAUUUUAGAUUUAAUGAUUGAUAAAUAUGUCAUUCAUAAUUAAGGUGACUUAGUUAGAGAAAAUUUAAUGCUUUUAGCUACAUGUCAUGAAUGUGUUUUAGAAUACUAAGAAGAUGGAACAUUUAUAUAUUAAGGUCCUUCUCCAGAUGAGAUAGCUUUGGUUGAUGCUGCUAGAAGACUUAAUGUUAUAUAUAAAGGUAUAACAAUGGGUAUAAUGGAAAUUGAUGUACUUGGUUAAAUUGAAAAAGUUGAGCUUUUAUUUUCAUUUGAAUUUAAUAGUGAUAGAAAAAGAAUGUCUGUUAUUGUCAAACAUAAUGGAAUUAUAAAAUUAUAUACUAAAGGAGCAGAUGCAAUAAUAAAGGCUAGAUUAUCUCCAAAUUAAAAAUUUUUAGAUGGAAUAGAUUAAAAACUUGAUAUGUUUUCAAGAAAAGGACUUAGAACAUUGUGUUUAGCCAUGCGUGUACUUAGUGAAGAAUAAUUUAAUUAAUUUUCAAGAAGUAUGAAUGAUGCUUUAGGAAGUGGAGAAACAGAAAAACUUUAAAAUGAGCUUAUCAAUUAAAUUGAAAAAGAUUUAACACUAAUAGGAGCAACAGCAGUAGAAGACAAAUUAUAAGAUGAUGUUCCAGAAACCUUAGCUGAUUUUUUAAAAGCAAAUAUAAAUGUUUGGAUGUUAACUGGAGAUAAAUUAGAAACUGCAGAAAAUAUUGGUAGAUCUUGUAAUCUAUUAUAAGAAAAUAUGGAUGUAUUCUUUUUAACACCAGGAUGUGAAUCAAUAAAAAUAUUUAAUGAUGUUGCUGAUCAUAUUAUUAAUAAAUAAUCAACUAAACGAGCUAUUAUAAUUGAAGGGAUAGUAUUAGCAACUUUAAUUGAUGAUGAGAAAUUAACUAAUUAUUUAAUUACUUUAGUACCAUUUUUACAUACAGUAAUCUGUUGUAGAGUUACUCCUAAAUAAAAAGCUGAUAUGGUAAGAUUAGUGAAAAAUUCACUUGGUAAAAUUACAUUAGCUAUUGGAGAUGGUGCAAAUGAUGUAAAUAUGAUUUAAGAAGCACAUAUUGGAAUAGGUAUAUAUGGAUAAGAAGGUAUGAGAGCAGUCUAAGCUAGUAAUUAUGCAAUUGGAUAAUUUAAAUGUCUUUGGAAAUUAGUGUUAUAUCAUGGAAGAUAGAAUUAUAUACGUAUUUCUGAAAUGAUCUUGUACUUCUUCUACAAAAACAUUAUAUUUACUAUUCCAUAAUUUUAUUUUGCAUUCUUUUGUGGAAAUACUGGAACAAGUGUCUUUGAUUAAUUGUAAAUAUUUAUAUUUAUAUAUAGUUUUGUAUCCUUUUACAAUACAGUAUUUACAUUCUUGCCUGUUGUUAUAAGAGCAAUCUUUGAUGAAGAUGUUUUUUAUACAUCUAAAAGAAAAUAAACUAUUUUAGGUAGUAGAAGAAUUAAAGAAGGGGAAGAAGAAAAUGAUAUUCUUAGAUAAAAUUAUCCUCUAUUAUAUUAUAUAGGAUAAAGAAAUACAGUAUUUACAAGUGAAAAGUAAACAACAUAUUAUUAAUUAGAUUCUUUAAAUGGUUUUUUAUAGGUGUCUUUUAAGGAUUAGCUUGCUUUUUUUCUUUUUAUUUCGAAUUAAAUGAUACAACAUUUAUCAAACACACUGGUUUAAAUAAUGAUUUUUGGUUUUUCAGUAUGUCAAUGUCGACUGCUAUCAUGAUUGUAAACUAAUUCUUUAUCAUCAGCUUGUCACUUUGAAAUUAGCCUUGAAUACUUAAUUUUGGACAAUAAUAACUUGGAUUGCUUAUCUUGGAACAAGUUUAGGCACAUAUUUUGCAUAUAUGUGGGUUUCAAAUAUUAUUCCUCAAUCAUCAAUCUAUGGUACUACUAGGAUGUUAUUUUCCAGUCCUGCAUUUUAUUUAAGUCUUGCAUUAUCUGUAUUAUCUAUGUUUAUUCUUGAUUUAUUAAUGUUUACAAUGAAGGUUUCUAAAGAUACUCUACUUAAUUAUAUGAAAAGAUAAGCAAGAUCAUCAUAAAAUUUAGAAUUAUCUAAAAUAAAAAAAUUAUAAAAUAAAAAUGAAGAUAAUAAUAAUGAAUUAGAAAUACCUAUUAUAAGGUUAUAGUAACAAAAGAGCCUUAUAAAUUCUAGUAUUAGUGCAACCUAAUCAAUUAUCAUAAGCUAAUCCAUUAGUGGAAGCUAACCAAAUAGUGGAAGCUAACCAAUAAUAUAAAGGAAUAGAGAAAAUUCAAAUUUCUAUUUAUGA